AUGGCCGAUCCUUUGGCCGACAUGCAAAGUCGGCAAGAAGAGGACACAGAUGUCACCGAUAACAAGCAGCAAGUGACAGAGUCCAUUGAACGGUCACUAAGGGCUAUCAGCAUGGCGACAGCACGAAAGAAUCAGGGCUCGGAGAAUGAGACACAACAUCAAGAUGAGAUCAGAGAAGGAGAGGGUCUUCAAAAGAAGUCGAAGGAAAAGAAACGUCCUGCUGCCCUCCAGAUAGAGAAGAUAAGCUCUUCAACGCCAGAGAAGCAUAACGACAAGGAUGCGUCAAAGAGCGCACUGAUGGAAGAAAGUUCGUCGUUGACAGGGGAUUGGAGUAGGCGAGAGCAGCAAAGUUUUCAGCCCUCAUCCUUCAAUCAGGACGUCAUGUCAAGAUCGAAUAUGCUGCGUCGGCGAGUUCGUCGAAGUCCAGAAGUGUUUUCACCAGUUGUAGAAACUGCAAAUGAUGGAAUCAUCUCUCCAGUCCCACGGGAAGUUCAAUCUCAAUCUGAAAAGGUUCCUCGACUUGAAAGUAAUUACGACAUCGAUCCUGAUGCAGACGAUGAUUAUCAAGACGAAGGCUCUCAUUAUCAUCAAGAUGAAUUUCAUAAUAGUGCCAUGCCGCAGGGAUUCUCGAGAAGUGCCUACAAUCCUAGAGAUCAGGCUCAUGUUGCAUACGGGGGUGAUUCUGGAUGGUCAAGAAAUGCUCAGGUAGGUAGGACUUCGUCAUAUUCUCAACUGACUCCCAAGGGAUUUGAUUCGAAACAAGGUUAUGGCAUGGGUUCAGGGAAUGACAUUAUUCGUACCCUCUCGGCCCCCAUCUACUCUGGUCUCUUCAGAUCUCAUCCUUACAUGGGAAUGGGUGAUCCCAUGUCGCCAACGUCUCGGCAAUUUCACAUGGCCAAUGAGACUGACGAAUAUCAUCAGCUCGAUAUCUUACUUCAAGGUUUGGGCUUUUAUUGCGAUGAGAGUGAGAAGGACGUUCUUAUCAAGGCGUUCAUGUGCCCAGUCUGUGAUACGUCGAAUGCUGUUUACACAACCACCACCGACCAGAUCAGGGCUGUUCAUGACGCGUUCGGUUUGAUCGAUGCUGACCAAGAUGGUGCGAUCACCUUAACCGACCUGCGUGAUAUUGCUUCGUGGGCAUCGGAUGAUAGCGGAACAGACUUCAUCAAUCAUCUCCUCGAUGAGCUCCCUCACGGUGAAGAUGUACCCAUCACAAAGAAAGAAUUCAUCCUUGCUUUCGCCAGAUGCUUGAUUUACAAUGAUGAGGUUGAGAUUUCGGUCCUGGAAGUUUUGUCGCCAAUUGGCGUGUAUAUUAUGAGAGGAAUGUAUAUCGCCACUAUCUCUGGCUACGAACAUCCUCGACUUGUGUUGCGAAGACUGAAUCCUGCCUUGUCAUCAGAAUUGAAGAGGAAUGAGUUACAAGCAGUGUUUGCAUUCCGAGCACACACUCCGGAAGGACACGCUGUUGAUCAUAUUGGUGCUAUAACGGAUGUAAUCUUCAUGGACAAGUUCAGGUUGUUCAGCGUUGCAGCAUCUGCUCUGGCAGGCAUCAUCCAUGGGCUGACUCCAACUUUUCAUCGCAUCUUCAUUCAAACACCUCUGGAUGAGUCUCUGGGUAUAUGCCUCAUGCCAGAAGAACUGCCGUUGCUCACUCAGAUCUAUGUCUGGAUUUGUGGAGGGAAGGACUGGGUUCACCUUAUCGUGUCGGUUCCUGCAGCAAUUAUUUCAGGAUACUUGACAUUUCGCCUUGUCUAUUUGGCGAUGGCUGGAUACCAAAACGAUCUGACGUUUUUCUACAAGCUUACACUUUUCCGCUCUUCCACUCAGGCUGAACCUUUCUUGCGAUAUCGUGCAAGAUGGAUUCAAGCGAUAAACCUUGAUAAACACCCAAAGAAUUGCCGUCGAGAGUUUUUGCAAUUUUUGAAUCUGCAAAAGCAUGACGAUCUUCUUUUGUGGUGCUUCAUUCGGCAUCUUCUGGUUGAAUCAUAUGCCGGGUUCAAGUCGAAGCAAGGAGAUAUCAUUGUGUCAUAUCUGUUCGUUUCGGUGCUGGCCUACACCUGCUACAUUUGCUUUUAUGUUGGGGGGCCAGAGCUUUCUGUCUUUGACCUGCGAGCUCGUUGGGACGUGCUUGUGUUUAGCUCUCUUCUGUUAGCUAUUAUUAAUCUCAAAUUGAGCAUUCACCAUCUUCGUCAGAAUGACAUCGCACUUCUACAAAAGGAAAUGUACGCAGCAAGUAUGGCUGAGAACGAAAAUGAAGGGCAAGACAGAUAUUUUGAUGAUGUAUCAGAGCAGCCGGAUGUCUACGAUGCUAACAAUAUCCCGGGAGGCGAAGGAGCCCUACGAGGAGACCCUUUUCAGCGCAUGCAGAGCAUGGGCAGCGAGAUGGAAUCUGGGUCCUCAACUCCUCGGCUGAGAGGAUGGGGGAUGACUUCGAGCUGGGCAGAGGGAAGGGACGGGCGUGAAGAAGAAAUGCUCAAGGCAGAAAAGCAGGCGCACAACUUGAAAGUGCACCAGACUGGAUUCAGACCGCCGCUGGAGGAGCGUGAAUACUUCGGUUCCGUUCCAGCUUCCGCUCGACCAGACCUUGAAGACCCGAGCAUGCCGCAGCGCCUCGCUUCUCCUCUGCAUCCUCGCCAGUUCCCUGGACCGCAGAUGUACCGCAGAGAGCGAACAGACCCCAACGGUAGAGCGCCAGGAGUCUUCAUGGCGUUCGAGCACAUGGGAAUGGGAGCAGCUGGCGAUUACAACAUGUUUUCAACGAGGUGGCCGAACGUACCUCCUGUUGAUGACGUUGCCAGCAACCUACCGGACACGGGGUACAAAAGCAAGCACAAGAAACUUCAGAUGCUGUUGGAUCACACAGCGAGGUACAUCAGAGAAUUCGAUCGUCCUCCGAGACUGCUGAGUUUCACUGUGUCUGUACAUUUUCUGCGGUACAUCUUCCUCCCCUUGCUCUCUCCUAUCUUCGCGCUCUUCCGCUCCUACGUAUUUGAAGGAUCGAAAAGCAACUAG